GGUUGGCGAAGACAGGAAGCGAGGAUAAGCAUAUGGAAACUACUUUGCUCGAGAGCACUAUAUUGAGGAUUGGUUCGCUGCUGCGGGUUGGAUUCGGGCAAGCGGGCGCGCAGAUCAUCUGCAACAAUAUGAGUCAAGACAGUGGCAAUUCAAGCGGUUUGAAUAUGAUGUUGCCCGGCCGCCGAGUGGAAGGGGUCUACGCUUACUGUGACAUACGGCAAUUCGAUGAUACGGCGAAGUGCCUUCUCGAGGAAGUAGGAGCCGAAUUAGGCGCAUUUGAUACUAUGCAAAUGUGA